GGUAGCUCACCGGGCUGGCGGCUUCCUCUAGCAUUGAAUACCCCCGUUCACCUGGCUUUCUCAGUUCGUCUCUCACGUUUAAUCGCGACGGGGUGACAGCUGAUAACAGUCCUGCUAGGGUACCGACAGUGUACACGCCGGGGUUGAGGUUAGGUCAUUCAUUCUAGAGGCGGGCUUAUGGCUCAUCGUUUGAAUUUUAGCUUAUUAUCACACAUUUAUUUUCAUUUUUUAUCACUGACAACAAGUCGUAUAUUUGUUGACAUUAUCAGCAUUUUAUUCACGUGUUAUUUUUUACCUCUUCAAGUCAAUAUACUGUGUAAAUUGUGCGUUUUUUACGUGCGUGCAGUGUCUCGCGUGACAGCUGAAAGAGGUUAGGUCUCUUUUGACUGAGAGCGCGCGUAAAUUGAGUAUUUAAAUAAAUAAAAAAAAAACAAGUGAUAUUUGUCAAAUUAACUCGUGACAAUAGAAAAAAAUUUUUACCAAACAUUGUCCCAACGUAACAUGGAAAUGUCAUGAGCUUGUGGAUGGGAUCCAAUAGUCACUUGACUUGUGAUUAUUAGAAACGUUAUUACUCAUCAUUCAAAAAAAAAAAAAUUUGAACAAUCGACGAGAUAAUUGACAACAUCAAUCAAUCAUGUGGAAAGACAGCGGCCCAACUAUGGAUAAUUCUUCAUACUUGCCGAAUCAUCUCCCGCCAUCGCCCCUGGUUGUAUUUUCACAGGCCGGGGGUCUCUCUGAUGCCUUGCGAAUGCCGAGACCCUUCAAUCCACAAGUAACAGACACAAAAGAGCUUCAAGUGCCAUUCAGCACAGCAGCAUCACUUGGAUACGGUCUUCAUCAUAUGCUUCACUUGCCACAUCAAUUUCUUCAUCCAUUGGAUCCUCGUCUUCCAUUUGGUGCAUUCAGGCCACUUGGGCCCUCGGCUUUUGCACCGCCGAGUAAGUGCCUCAAAGUGGAAACCGGAAGUGCAAGUGUUCCAUCAGGAUUGGCAAGCAUUGGACCGUUAUCUAACAUGUCGAAUAUAUUUUCACCUUCGUUACCGUCGUCGGGUGGUGUAACUGGAGGUAUACCCGGAGGGCCUGGAAGCCAAGAAGUAGCACCACAAAGUCCAGCUGGAUCAGCGAGUCGUUCGCCCCUUGGAAAUGUUCCAGGAUCAACGAAUCUUUCGAAUCGAGGACCAAGUCCAGAUGAUGAGGAUCGUGACAACAAUGCGACGCCUGGUUCUGAAAACACCGAGAGGUCUACACCCGAGGAAGGACGACCAUAUAGACGCAAGAAAAAAUUCCCAGCCGAUCCCUCAUGUUGUCCAGUAUGCGGUGUAACUGUGAGGCCACAAGAAUUGGAACAACAUUUUGCUCAAGAGUUAGAUCGACUCUACAAAGUCAGUGCCAACAAUUCACGGCCAAGACAAAGGUCAGCAUUACCCCCACCUACACAUCAAGAUCAUCCACAUGGUCCAAUGCUCCACGCGCCAUCCUCUGCAGAUGGCACGUUACAAGGCAGAUGGGAGACAUACAAGAGGAUUCGAGCUAAUCGACAAGCUCGAAUCCGAGUGAAAAAUCGCAAGAGAAAAGCUGACGAGCCUGCAUGUCCAGUGUGCAGUGAACGUCUCUCUGGAACUCCUGAGGAGCUUAAUCAGCAUGUGGAGCGAUGUCUAAACAAACACAAUGGAGGAAAUUCCGGGGCUAGUGUAAGUUUAGACGAUGAGGAAGUUGACGUUGAAGGGGAUGGAGAAAGUUUCGAGGAAUAUGAAUGGGCUGGUCAAAGAAGAAUCAGAGCUACUUCUAUGUUGGUUGGUGGAUUUUCUGCUGCAGGCUUGGCAACAUCUUCGAGUAAUCGUGGAAUGGGUGGAGCAGGUCGUCAAGAAGAAGAAGAGGAUCUGGUGGUAGAUGGAGAUGAUGCUGCCCAAUUUGGUCCAGCUCAAUAUUCCGAAGCUGAUGUGAUAGCACCAAGAGGUGAAGGUACAUUGAGAGAACAAAAAGAAAGAGAUGCACUUCGUGAAGCAGUUAUAUCACCUAAUGCUCCAUUAACUCCUCACACACCACCUGAUCAACCGCAUGGUGCUCAUGUUGAUGUUAAAUCUGAACCUGGUACAAUUAACGCCACGAAUUUAUCAUCACCCUCAUCCACACCCUCACGACAACGUACUGACAGUGAAGAUGGGUCUACUUCUUCACCUAAACGAGAGAGCAGUGAAGCUCCUAUUGUUGAAGCUUUAAGGAAUCGUAUUCGAGAACUUGAAAAUGAAAUGAGAGGACAAGCCUUCAAGUGUUUAAUCUGCAUGGAGCAGUACAAAAAACCUGUGGCUUCUGUAUGUUGUUGGCAUGUCCACUGUGAGCAGUGUUGGUUACACACACUGGGUACGAAAAAGCUUUGUCCGCAGUGCAACAUGAUCACGUCUCCAUCAGAUUUACGACGAAUUUACAUGUAAAAUGUAGCAAAACUGUAAUCAUUAAUCCUCCAGUAGUCGUAUCUCCAAAUAACAAUUGCAUGAUUAUUUAUUCAUUUGGAAGUAAUACUUUGGUUGUUUUACCAUUGAUCUUUUAUGUUUUAAAAUGCCUUUUUGGAUUUUUAUUGGAUAUUUAUAUAUUAUAAGGAAAUAUUUUAUUAUGUCUCAGAUUUUCUGUAAUGUUGAUAGAAGAUAUUUUUUAAAUUUAAAUGAUAAUGUUAAUAUUUAUUUGUAACUACUGAAGGAUUGAAGAUCAAUUAGCAUAUGAAGACCUAGUCUUUAAAAAAAUUGACAUUGAACUGCAGACAUUUCGUCAAACUUGUACAUUUGUAUAUUUUUUAAUUUAUAACGAUUCGAAUCCCUUGUUGUGUAUUUAAAUACUUAAUUAGGAAAUAGUAAAUUAACUCUUAGAUGAUAAUGAACAGAAAAAUAUAUAUAUAUAUAUAAAUAAAUAUACAUAAGAUUAUAUAUAAUAGUAAUAAUAAUUAAUAUAAUAAUUAAUAAUUGAAAUUAUAAAUGCCCGGUCACAUUAAUCUGUCAUCACUCCAAUGACAAAAUUACAGAAGAGUCACACUUUCAUAUAACGAACAAAAUUAAAUACACGAUUUUAUUAUACAUAAAUACAUAAAAAAAAAAAUAAUAAGUGGAAAUAAAUGACAUGGUAAAUUUAAUUAUUAAGAACUGAUGCAAUAGAGAUAGAAAACCACGAGAGAAUUAUAUUUAAAUCUAAAUAAACAAAUAAUUACACCUUUUUAGCUAUUCUCAUUAAAUAGUCGACGGGCUACGAUUAAACAUCCGUCCGAAAUGCGGCAACGUGAAAUUCAUUAGACCUUCAUACGAAUAUUUGUUGAUUUAUUAUAAAUAUAUAAUUUAAUAUUGAUUUAUAAACAAUAAUGAUUUGAUAUAUUUACAUGUAAUAUGAAA